AUGGACGAUGAUGAGUUUAUAGAUUUCUCCGAUUGCAUUGACAACGCAGCCGUCCCAAACGAGUCAUGCGAGUCUUGCAUCCAGCAGCACAACCGCUGUCAAGUGACACCAGAGAGUAGACCUUUGGGAGUCUGCACGUCUUGCAUGGAAGCGGGAAGAGUCUGUUCCUUAACAACUACGAGGGGGGGCGCUAUUGAGGCUCAAACAGGGGCAUUCUCCAACGAUCAUCAGAACAUGCUGCAGCAGCUUGCAGGGCACACAUACAGCACAUCAGAGUCCAGCUUCACGAUAAACGAAUCGCAGGGCGAAGAUGCCACGGAUCCUGUGGAAAGACAACCCAAAGCAGGCGCCAGAUUCUCACGAGAGGCACUCCGGAUUCUUAGAAACUGGCUAACAUCCAACCAUCGCCGUCCGUAUCUCAGCAGCGAAGACAAGGAGGACCUGUCGCGUCAGACAGGCUUGAACAAGACACAGAUCAGCAACUGGGUGGCAAAUGCUCGUCGCAGAGGGAAAGUCCGGGCUCCUCGCUCCAUCUCGUCGAGUCCGGGUCGACUCCCUAUCGGUAUCGACAUUCCACCGAGAGUUGCUCCCCUCACACGAGAGAUGAGUCCGAUGGAGCGAUGGCGGAAUUCUCCGCCUGAUCAGGAGCCGGCCUCAAUAGCUGCCAUUGCUACGGCGGUAUCGUGUUCCAAACUCUCGGCUGGGGCCAAUGACAGGAAUAGGAGCAUCGAUGAUGGUUUGGCGGGCUCUCUCGAUCGUCUUUCAUCCGCCGGCAGCUCGAGAACAUCGCAUUCCAGUAAAGGCUCGCUUAGCACAGUCGACUCUCACAAGUCUCGCGAGUCUCUGGUAUCUCUAUCCUCACUGAAGAGUCGCGGAAGACGUCGCCGACGCCGACAGGCCUCCAAGGCCGUCAAUAUUUCGUCCAUGCUUCCCACUAUACAUAUGUACCAGUGCACCUUCUGCACUGAGACGUUCAAGACGAAGCACGACUGGCAGAGACACGAGAAGUCAUUGCAUUUGUCUCUUGAGCGAUGGGUUUGCUCACCCGAUGGGCCAAUACAGUUAUGCGCCGAAUGGAAUUGCCUGGCAUGCGUCUACUGCGGAUUGAAGAAUCCAACUCCGGAGCACGCCGAUCAGCACAAUGACUUUGUGUGUGCUGAAAAGUCAGUGCAAGAGAAGACUUUCUACCGAAAAGAUCAUCUACGCCAGCAUUUGAACAUUGUUCACGAUGCAAAGUUCCAGAAAUGGCCCAUGAAUGAUUGGAAAGUAGCGACACCACCUGUGCGAUCUAGGUGUGGGUUCUGUGGCACCUUACUGGAUUCCUGGGAUGCCCGCGUCGGACACCUUGCUGAACAUUUCAAGAAAGGCAAGUCCAUGGCGGACUGGAGGGGCGACUGGGGCUUCCAGAACGAGAUACUGAGGAUUGUUGAGAAUGGAAUGCCGCCUUAUCUCAUCCACCACGAGCGGAAUACUCUUGAUCCCUAUGAAGCUUCUAGAGGUGAAGUCAGAUGCGGCAAAGAUUUAGAAGACUAUGUCAAGCUUUGGCUCAUUGACUAUGUCAAUGACAGAAAUAUGUCUGGCAUGGCGGUUACAGAUGGUCAACUGCUUCUUGAGGCUCAAAGGAUUGUCCAGAAGGUUGAUAUAGAAGACACCUCGCCUACAGGUCCUGCUGUAUCAUGGUUCCGCGAUCUCAUCAUGCUUCAGGGAACGUCUCCUGAUGCGGCAAACGUUAGACACCCUACGACUUCGAAGACUGCGGCAUGGACAGCUCAGAUUGAGAAACUGCACGCUUCCAAGUGCGCAAAUGCUGACUUGGGAGUUAUCGGAUGCGAAAAGGAGAAGAUGCUCCUGCAGUAUGUCAAGUCCAGACAGACUUGCGGCCAAAUACCCACAGAUGCCGAGCUACAAUUCCAAGCAUGCAGGAUCUUGGAGGAUGUCGAACCCAAGUCCAACUUUAAAUGCAAAGAGGCCGUGCAAUGGUUCAAGUUCUUGAUCAACUAUUCAACCCACUGGCUCUUUAAUUUCAAGCGCCGAAGCCUGACUGCAGCUGGUCAAUUCGAAGCCACAAAAGCUGACGCAACUAUUUCUCUUCAAGCCUUACACUGGAGUCUCUCAGAUGAGGCUGUCAGUCACACAUCACCAAUGGAUGCCAAGGGCUCUCAGCCCUCAUCGUCGAUAGAAACGCCACCGUCCACCAAUUCCCAGAGUCAGCCGUUACGCUAUUUCCUCAGCGAUGCAAACUGUUACGGGAGGCUGGAAAAGGAACUCACUCGAUUCGUCACCAGCUGUCUCAGCCCAAACAACCCACUUCAACACGUCCCCACCGAUGAAGAGCUCCAAUAUCAGGCUCGCUGGAUAAUCUACGAUGAUGACGAUCCAUGGAACCAGACCGCUGCCGACAAUGCCGAGUGGCUGGCUCGAUUCAAACGCGACGCUGGUCUUGUCACCUCUGACGGAGUCAACGGCCUGGUAGCAACUGGCGCUCCUCGGCCUUGGAGGAUAAAGGACGGCGGAACAGGCUUCGUACCACCGUUCGUCAAGCCUAAGGCAGAUGCUACGAUACAAGUUGCGGAAGACUUACCCGUAUACAUUGACUAUCGGCUGUACACUGUGGGCAAAGAUACAGCAGAACGCUACAUUCGCGGGCUCUGUGACGGAGAGUAUCAGCCUCCUCCCUUGGUGUUCUGUUCGCGCGAGCUGGAACAGGGCCUAAAUGUCUACAUCGAAGAAUGCAUCAAGGAGCUCUAUGUGCCUUCAGAUGAUGACUUGCGCUCCAAGGCGCGAGAAAUACUGGGCAUGGAGAGCACUGCGGCCGAUGACCCAAAACUGCUUGAGGCGUUCAAAGCAAUGCAUGCUCUUUGGCAGACGCAAGCCAACGACUUGACUGCGUUCAUACCAGACGGGCAUGCCAGUAGCAACAAUGUCGGAUUCUCGGAUGGUAUGAAUGACUGGGGAUUGGAUGCGGAGCAGAUGAAUGCUUUCGACGUACUACCGAAUUCAACUUAA